AUGUCUGUUUGCAGCAGAAUGAUCCACCAUCGCCCACCCCUCCGUCUCUCCACCCCGUCCUUCUGGCUUCUCACAGGUCUUCAUGCCCAGAUCCAGCUGGUGCCUGAGGAGGUUUCUUCAGGACUCUCCCGGACCCUCCACGGAACAAAGAGCAAAGAGUCUUUAUCAGCAGAGACUCAGCAAAAGGCCGGCCACCUUCAUACGUUCCUCUCUGAGCAGUUUCAUAUACAGUAUCGGAGCCGGAGGACGGAGAAGAGAACUGAAGCGGCGGCUCCACUCCCCUCGGAAGAGCGCGUCUUGGGCACCCAGAGCCUGGCCUUGUCCCCCAGGGCCACAGCGAGGCAACGAGUGUUCUGGGCUGCCCUCGCUUCUCGCCUCGCACCGCUUCAGGGCUCCCGUGGACGGGCUGGCAGGGCUGCCCAGAGGGCGACCCACCCGGAGCAGAAGCAGAAGCGGGAGCCAAAGGCUGUGCCGCGUAGUGGACACUCAGCAGUUCUGUUUUGGGGCUUCCCGUUUUUGCACUUCCUCAUCUGGCGCGGAGGACCAGGAGAAACGGAGCUGCGGGCGCUUUUGCAAGUCAGGCUCGAGGCCCUCCGGCCCCUUUGCGCCCCAUGGACUCCAAAGCCCCGAAGUCUCCGAGGACGAAGGAGCCUGGAGGUGUCCCUCCCUCCGGCCCUCCGACCAGGGGCCCCCAGAUUCAGAGGUCAAAACAAAGCCCAGAGAGGAUUGUGUCUGAAGGUGGAACUGGGCCUUUCUCUAGUCUCAGGUCCGGAUGGAUUCAAGUGUGGGACCAGAUCCAGAGUGAGAAUCCUCCAGUGGGAGAUCAAGAGGGAGCUUUGCUUCCUUGGAACUUCCGUGUUCUCUUUCUCUGGCCAUGGUGGAUCCAGAGAGGCAGCAUAUUUUAUUCUGCUCUUGAACUGUUCACCGCUUGGUGGUUACGGUAGUUCCAGGAAGUGGCCCUGAUGUCUGUUUGCAGCAGAAUGAUCCACCAUCGCCCACCCCUCCGUCUAUCUAUCCACCCACCCACGCAUCCACCCCGUCCUUCUGGCUCGUGCUGGAGAAUCUCACAGGUCUGCAUGCCCAGAUCCAGCUGGUGCCUGAGGAGGUUUCUUCAGGACUCUCCCGGACACUCCAAGGAACAAAGAGCAACGUCUUUAUCAGCAGAGACUCAGCAAAAGGCCGGCCACCUUCAUACUUUCCUCUCUGAGAAGUUUCAUACACAGGUCGUCCUUGAAUAAGGACUAAGUCAAUGACUGCCUUAGUGACCAUUCAAAGUUUCAAUGGCACUGAAGAAAGGGAAUUACGACUUACAGCAGUUGCAGGAUCCUCAGGAUCUCCUGAUGAAAAUUCAGAUGCUUGAAAAUGGACUCGAAUUUAUGACGGUUGUGGCACCCUGGGAUUACAAGAUGCCCUUUUGUGACAAGUGGGUGUAUUUGUCCUUAUUACGUUCACUGGGAACAGCUCCAACUAAGAUUUCUAAAUGAUCACAAAACUAGGGUCCAACAAAUGAGAUGUGGACACAGACAUUUGUGUGUGUGUGUGUGUGUGUGUGUGUGUGUGUGUGUGUGUGUGUUCGAGAAAGGCUGUUGUUGGGGACAGAAGCCCCUUUGGAUUCAGGCUAGGUCUGUACAUCCCUGGUCUGGGAAUCCUGAUUGGAGGAGACAUUGCUCAGCCCUUCAAGGUAGUCCAGACUACAAACAUAAAAAUUAGUACUAGCUCUAUCUCUCAAUGUAAGGUUACAAUACAGAAUCUUGCAACUGUGAAAGUAUUUGUCGCGCCUUCUCCUUUUACUCUCUGGGAAGCUAGAGAAUUCUUUCUGAAACACUUUCCUGUUGUGAUCCGCAGGCGGCCUGUGGACCUGGUAGCAGAGUCGGACAGUGAGGAGGUUGGGGAGGAACAUGGGGCAAUCCUGGAGUCUGGGGAAGGCUCGGACAAGGGCUCUGCAUCUGAGGCAGAGAGGGGGCCAGGGCCAUCUGGGUGGUAUGUGCUGCCUCCGGAGCUUCCAGGCUCUGACAUCAGCGAGGCAGUGCCUGUUCCCAGUGCGCGCAUGCGCAGAGUUGCCAGAAGGCAAGAACAGUUAAGAAAAAAUGGACAACUCGUGAAUAGGGCUUGGAGAUGAUUGGCCCGCCCCAUCAGACAUAAAAGAGGAGCAAAGGCACGUGAGCCUUUGCAGGAAGCAACGUUGUUCAUUCUGGUCGGUUUACAUUUUGAAGCUCCGUUUUUGUCUCUGUGCUCCGUGUGGCCUUGCACCGCUUAUUGCCAGUUAGGUCUUUGGCAGCGGGUCAAGGGAGAUGAAGGUGGGUGCUUAUCAGCCUUAUCCCGAAGGACUGUGAGACUUCUGUCGGACGCUUAACAAACUAUUUGUGACUCAUUAUGGGCUGUGAAUGGACAUAAUUCACAGCCGUUGAAAUAAAAAGAGGGUUUGUGGGACUAA